UUAUUUAUAUUAGUUUAUUAAUUAUGCAAACAGUAAGUGUUGAUCAGCUUUCAAAACUUUAUGAAAAUGGCUUAUAUGGAAGUUUGAAGCUAUUGGCAUCUUUUCAACUUUCAUUAUCUGCUUUUACAAUAUUAAAAGAUGAUGACUUUCAAACUGCAGCUUUGAAAUACCAAAUUCUUAUAUUGUAUGGGGAUUCUCUGUAUAAAGAAGGAGAUUACAAAAUGGCAGAACUGCAAUAUUGUGAUGCAUUGAAGCUAAGAAAAUCAUUAGACAGAAUAAAGUCUCAGCAGCGACAGUCAAAUUUGUAUUCAGAAGUUGAUGUAAAGUACAAAAUACAUGAAUGCUAUAUACAGUUAAAAGACUUUAAGCAAGCUAUGUCCACUUUGGAAAGUAUUGAUCAAAAACAAAGAACUUCACAAAUCAAUAUGAUGCUUGCAAAGCUUUACCAAAAACAUGGAAUGGAAAGAUCAGCAAUUACUUGCUACAAAGAUGUUUUAAGAUUAGAACCACUUGCUUUGGAAGCAGCAACUGCCUUGUUAGAUUUAGGGACACCAUUGCAAGAGGUUCAAAGUCUUGUGUGCAAAAUUGGAGCUCCAUCAUUCACACCUGAAUGGUUGAUCCAGUAUAUUAAAGGAUACGCCUCAGUCUCUCUAAACAAGAAUCUUAAAGCACUACAAGUUUUUAAACCUCUCGAAAAUCAGACUUUAAAAAAUAACCCUUUUCUGAUUGCACAAAUUGCUGAAUCUUAUUUCAAAGCUGGAGAUAUUGAAAAUGCAAAACUAACAUAUGAAAGAAUACGUUUGGUUAAUAAAUAUUAUAUCAAAGGAAUGGAUAUAUACGCACAGCUAUUGGCUGACGAUAACCAAAAAUCUGAAUUACAAAUGUUAUCCCAGGAUCUUUUAGAAAUCAAUGAUCAAAGUGUUGAAUGCUGGGUAACUUUGGCAUAUUACUCGUUUUGUUGUGCACAAAAAGCUAGAGCAGUUUAUUUUGCUCAAAAGGCUCAUGUGACUGAUGUUACUAAUAUUCAAGCAUUACUUUUAAAAGCUUCACUUCUGCAUUCAUUAAACAAGACUCAGGAAGCACUUAUUCACUUUAGGGAAGCUAUAAGAUUAGAUCCAAAAAGAUUUGAUUCAUAUUCUGGAUUAGUGGAUUGUCAUAUCUCAACCAAAAAACUAAAAGAUGGUUUGUUUAUUGCUCGAAAUGCACAUAAAACAAUCGGAACAAAUGCAAGAACACUCACUCUUUGUGCAAAAGUAUAUGCAGAAGAAACACAAACUUUAGAAAAGGCUAAAAGCAUGUUGAAAAAAGCUUUAUCUAGUGAUGCAUCAUAUGUCCCUGCAACAAUCAUUCUUGCUGAAGUACUCAUUAAAGAAAAGCUUUAUAACGAGGCUGAGCAGGUCUUAAAUAAACAGUUAGCCAUUCGACAAACAUCAACAUUAUAUCGUCUUGCUGGCGAUUGCAUGAAACUCAUGGGAAAGAUUGAGGAUGGAAUAAUAAUGUAUGAUAAAGCUCUGAGGUUAGACCCAGAUAAUGCUCAGGCCUUGGAUGGCUUACAUGGGAUUGACCGUAACUCAACUACAGGAGAAUUAGACUUGUCUGAUAUUGUCGGGCGGGAACCUCGCGAUCGAAGCAGUAUGGAGGAUGUUGAGCUGGCUUCCGGAGUCGACUGGAUAGACUGAAAAGCGGUUAAUUUAAAUUUUCUGCAACGUUAUUAAUGAUUGUGGGCCGCCAGAAUGUUAACGCUAAACUUUGAUUUUAUGCUAAGACUGAAGAACUUUGCAAGAAAAAGUGCUGUUGAAAUUCUUUGAAUUCUAUGAUGAAAAUUUUUUAUGAAGACAUUUUUUAA